AUGGAGAUAUUCAAGGACGAAGAAGAGGAAACUCUUUCGACAUUAGAAGCCAUUAUUCAUGCCUGUGAGACGUAUGACCCUAUACCCCGUCAUUUACAUAAAACUAAAACAAGGAUCAUCAAUGCUGCUAAAUUAAUUAUAGAAACACAUCUUUCAUAUAAUACCAUACUCGAUAAUAUUUCUGAUAUGCAAUCCUAUCUUUCCACCUGGCUUAAGGACCUUGGAAUGUCAGAUUCAUACCAAACGGUUCUUUUAGAAAGUAUUUCCCUCAUGUUUGACCUCACUAUAUCUAGCUUCAGAAAAUGUACAAUCGGCAGGAGUUUCCCACAUUUGAUUACACGCCUUUAUUUCAGAUUGAAGAGCUACCAAAAGUUCUGGCACGAUGCAGUAUCAAACAAUUUUUUUUCAAACUUCGAUUAUGCUUUCAGGGCUGCAUACAACCUUGUAAAUUGUUCUGAAUACAGGUACGAUGAGGUUCAUUAUAUAUCGAACGAUGCUUACUCGUUAGUUGCAUCGGUGAAGAUAAAUCCUGCGGAUGUCAUUAAAAGAGGACAUUUUAGGCUUUCAAUUCCAAAAUUUUACAUAUCUGAUUUACUAAUUGAGAUUUUUCAUCUGCUCGAUGGAUUGGCAUUUUUUAGGGUGAACUCUGAUACUUUAUCUACGUCAACCGCUUCAGCGGAAACUAUUUUUCGCAGUAUUUCCCAAGGCAAUCAUCAAAUCCUGGAACUGGGAAGAAGUUUAAUGUUUCCAUUAUUAAGGACUGGAGACUUUGAAAUUUGCAAUAUUGACGAUGCAGGAGCUGUUAUAACGUUCACGGAAGCGAAAGAUGUAAAACUAGAAAUAGCCAGUCUCGAUGAAACUUCAUGGGUGACGCAGUGGAAGUCAUGUCUUCAAAAUCAUAAGAGAAAGUCAGCAAGUAGCAGUUUGUUCAUCAAAACUCAUAUUGAAUUUAAAAACGCUAAUAAUUUAAAUGAACAUAACAAUGGGCUAGGACUAAUUGUAGAAAAAAAUAUUCCGACAGUGCAUUCUAUGCUAGUUUCUACAAACCAUCAAAGUCCCCCACCUUCAAAUACUAGUUGUUCGUUACGUAGGUCGAAACCGUUACGAAUCCCUUUAUCAUCUGUUGUUCAAGAAGAGUUUCAUGAUAAUUCCCUAAAUGAGUAUGUAUCAGAGGAGGAGGAUGAUAGCAGUUAUGGAUCCUUUAGUGGUGCCGAGAGUAUCAUAUCAGAGUACGGUUUUCAUGAUAGUACAUUUGAUAUCAAUCAGUCAUCCUCUUAUUUUUCAAAACAAAUAGACCAUAACUCGAUGGAGAUGAUAAUAACAGACGAAAAUACGAUAAUAUUUGUGGAGAAUACACAGGUAAGUCGAUGGUCAAAUAACUCGUGGCAGAAAAUCUCACCGCAUCAAUUGCAGAUCUGUAUUAUUCGAUUACGCGUGGGAAAUUUCAUUAUGGCUUAUGAACCUGGUUAUAAAAACCAUUGUCGGUUCAAAAUUCGUUUGUGUGACGAUAUAAAAUGUAUGCAAUCCACAGAGCAAGAUAUACAACUACGUGUCCCACCCAACGCAAUAAUGUGCAGCUUAACCGGUGUUUUAAAUAUUAGGUCAAAGGACGCUGACAAGCUGCUUCCAGUAUUGAACUUCUAUACUACUGAUCACACGGAAGCUAUAUCUCACUCAAGCACUAUAGAUACUAUUACAAGUCCUCUUUCGUCUGUUUCGUCGACAAUGGAUCUCAAGCACAUAUUACUGAAAUGUCCCUCUAUAAUAAUACCCCAAGAGUUGACGCAGGGCGUCAUCGAUUGA